AUGACGCCGUCAGCAACAUCAGACGCACAUGGCUCUACUCAUGCGGUUGUCCCCAAUAAGAAGAAUGAGUCUAUUCUGGUCGGCAUGCGAGAUGGACUUACCGGAGAGUUUCGGCUUGUUCCAAGAAAAGAGGCGACCGUCUCAGUAUUUGACUCGAACUUCUUGGUCGGUGAUGGAAUUUGGGAGGGCAUCCGCGCCAAGCGAGGCAAAGUCCAGUUCGCCAGGGAGCACCUGAACCGGCUCUUCCAAACGGCCAAGGUCAUGUACAUGGACCUCGGGCUCACAAAGGGCGAGCUACUGACCCUCAUCCACGACACGCUCGACGCCAACGACAUGCAGGACGACGAGCACGUGCACAUCCGGCUCGUCGUCAGCCGCGGCGUCAAGGCGACGCCGUACCAGAACCCGAGCGUCAACCUCGGCCUGCCCCUCAUCGUCAUCAUCCCCGAGAUCAAGGCCGCCGACCCGGCCGCCCGCGCGCGGGGCCUGCGCCUGGGCACGACCUUUGUGCGCCGCGGCCCGCCGGACGUCAAGGACGAGCAGUGGAACCACAUCUCCAAGGCGACGGACGUGCAGGCCUGCAUCCACGCCAACUUCAUGGGCGUCGACGAGGCGCUCAUGCUCGACCAGCGCGGCUUCGUCAAGACGUGCAACUCGGUCAACUUCUUCAUCGUGCGGGGCCGCGAGGUCUGGGCGCCGACCAAGGACAACCAGAUGCAGGGGGUCACGCGGCAGAAGACCAUCGACGUCUGCCGGGCGCACGGCAUUGCCGUGCGGGAGCUCGACUUCUCGCUGACCGAGGCGUACGGCGCGGACGAGGCGUUCUGCACGGGCACGUUCCCCUCGCAGGUGCACGUUGUCGAGAUUGACGGGCGGACGAUCGGCGACGGCAAGCGCGGGGCCGUCACGGAGAAGAUUCAGCAGUUGUACACGGAGCUGGUCCAGUGGGAUGUGAGCAGGUCGCGGGAGGAGAUCAUGGCCGAGGUCGAGGCGCCUAGAGACUUGAGCUUCCUCGAGAGUCUGAAAUAG